AACGGUUCACGAGCAUAAAAGCCAGCUGUCUUCCCCUCAGAGUGAAGUAUUCGAGAACCUGUCCGACAGAUCUCGUAUCCGUACAACUGAUGCGUUUCAUCUUCCUCGCUAUCGUAGCUGCGUUGACAGCAUCCAUGCCUGUCAGUGCAAUACCAGCUGUUUUCAGUAGGGACUCGCAAUGCAUUAGCUCGGGCCAACCUUGUGAAUUUUCCCUCAACUUCAUUGAUUGCUGCGCUGGUUCCUAUUGUUACGUGCGGACUUUUGACAUGAUACGGGGCAUUUGCAAAUCAGACACCGAUUAAGGAUCUUCAAAAUAUACCAAGAAGCUCGCACGUCACGAGAUUAAGUUUGCCCUUGGAUAAAUUUCACUACCGCUGGAGUAUUCUUGAAUAGAACAUCUUUCGAAAGACUCGGUACGAUAUUGACAGGAAAACAUGACAUAUAAGUGAGCGAAGUACUGCA